GAUAUCGACUGCAGGGUACCUACACACAAUGAAUGUAGUGGUUUUUAAUAGUAGGCUAAUUUGGAAAUGUUCGAAGUGUCUCUAAAUUGCGAUCUGAAACAUUAGUUCAGAGUUGUUUGUUAGUUUUACAGUGAUAUCGUGGAUUCCAGAGACUGGUCGGAGCGAAAGAGCUCGCACGUAUUAUGCCGCAAUUUCACAAAAUCGAAAUAAAUAGGACCGAAUGGGAGGUUCCGGAACGAUAUCAGAUGCUCACUCCAGUGGGAUCAGGAGCUUACGGUCAAGUGUGUUCAGCAGUUGACACGACUACUGGUCACAAAGUAGCAAUAAAAAAAUUAGCCAGACCAUUCCAGUCAGCCGUACACGCGAAGCGCACGUACAGAGAACUUCGAAUGUUGAAACACAUGAAUCAUGAAAAUGUAAUUGGUCUUCUAGAUGUAUUUCAUCCGUCUUCCUCGUUGGAAGAUUUUCAGCAAGUAUAUUUAGUUACACAUCUAAUGGGCGCGGACCUUAAUAAUAUUGUAAGGACGCAAAAACUUUCGGACGAUCAUGUACAGUUUCUUAUUUAUCAAAUUCUUCGUGGUCUCAAAUACAUUCAUUCUGCGGGUAUAAUACAUAGGGAUUUGAAACCAUCCAAUAUAGCUGUAAAUGAGGAUUGUGAGCUGAAGAUUUUAGAUUUCGGAUUGGCCCGACCUACAGAAAAUGAAAUGACCGGAUAUGUUGCCACAAGGUGGUAUAGAGCUCCAGAAAUUAUGCUUAAUUGGAUGCACUAUAAUCAAACAGUCGAUAUUUGGUCAGUUGGAUGUAUAAUGGCUGAGUUAUUAACAGGGCGAACAUUAUUUCCUGGAAUAGAUCACAUUGAUCAUCUAACACGAGUCUUAGUACUCUGUGGUACACCCACAGAAGAAACUUUAAGCAAAAUUACCAGCCAAGAGGCAAGAAAUUAUAUACAAAGUUUACCUCCUUUAAAGAAAAAGAAUUUCAAAGAUGUUUUUCGUGGGGCUAAUCCUUUAGCCAUAGAUUUACUUGAAUUAAUGUUGGAGUUAGACGCAGAGAAACGAAUUACAGCCGAGCAAGCUUUAGCUCAUCCGUAUCUCGGACAGUAUGCGGAUCCAACUGACGAACCAGUAUCGUUACCAUACGAUCAGAGUUUCGAAGAUAUGGAUUUACCUGUCGAAAAAUGGAAAGAACUUGUUUAUCACGAAGUAAUAAACUUUGUACCUCAACAGUUACCUUCGUCGUCUUCAACAAUUGAAUCUGCUUCGUAAAUUCAUGUCAGUAGCUCAAAUAAUAUAGAUAUAAGCGCAGUAAGAUAACAUUAACAAGGAAGAAUUUUAAAAGAAAGUAUAUAAAAUUGUUAUAUACAAAAAUGUCAUUGUAUAUAAUGUUACGUAAGUAACAAAGUUAAUCAUACAAAAUUUAUGCAUACUAAAGACAAAAUGUAUAUUUUUGUUAAUGACGUAUGGAUACGAGAAGAGUUAUUAUUCUUCAUAUUACACGUAAAUUAUUUUAAAAUGUAAAUUUACCAAACAAGCAACAAUUAUUCAUAUUUAUAGUUAUACAUGAACGUUUCAUUAUGUAUCCAUGUAUUUAAAUGCUUUGAAGUUGCAAUCAUAUUACGAUGAAUUCAUAAUGUAUUUAACGAAUAUAUUAAAAGUACGAUUGAAUAAUCAAAAUGUCAUUUGCAAUUGAAAGUGAUGUCUUUUGUAAAAUAAAAUUUUCUGAUGCGAAAAAGUAACAGUUCAAUGACAAAUAUUUAUUAUAAAAAUGCUAGCUUCAAAGCAUUCAAUUGUAUUUCAUUCAAUGCUGGUUCUAGUCUGUAACAAAAAGAAAACAUAUUAGUUCAAAUUUAUCAUUAAAAAUAAUUCUAUUAUUUCAUACACAAUAUAAUUUAAGAUCAUUUCAUCUAUUUGAUAGUAUUAGAUUAAUGCUUUUAACAACGAAA